UCACUCAGUCACUAUCAAAACCAUCUUCCGUCAGAAUAAAAGGUUAUCAAAAAAAAUUAUUUUCAUUCAUUUUUCGUGAAAAUUUGUAGUUUGUUUCCCUUUAACACAGAAGUUCACCCUCGCAGACCUUUAUUUAUGUAAUAGACAUGUUUUCACUACAAAAUCAGAACCAGGCCUUUGCAACUCUAACACAAAUCAGCGCCAAAGUAACCACCACACCUGGCUCAUUUUUUCACAAAAAGCAGCAGAAUAAAUCCAAAAAUGCCAACCAAUUCUUAUGCCUUGAAAGCUUCCUUGAGACUGCACAAAAUCUCGAUUCGACAUUUGCUCGACAACUCAACGUAACUCAACUUUUGAAAAAACCCUUCGUAAAUAAUUUUCACGUCUCGUACGUAUCUAACAACAGUUUUUUCGAAAACAAACAUGGUUUUUCAGAACAACAGCUAUCAUCUAAUGUUCCCACACUGUUAGUAAAAGAUACAGCUAAAAACAUACAUGUGCCAGAAGGAUUUUACAACAAGCUGGUUCAUGGUUUACUCUCAGAAAAUAGAUUUCAGUUUAAUAUACAAACUAGGGGGUUUAAGACUGAGCGAAGUAUAAAGGCAGAUCUAGAGCGAAAUCCACCAAUUGUAAAUAGACUAAAAAAAAAUCUUGCUGGACAAGGGACAGAAAAUAAAGGCAUCCCUCUAGGAAGUGUGGGGGUAACAGAUUCUGAACAGCUCAAAAAGUUGUUAUCAUCUGAAGAAUCGUUGCUAUCAGAAACUGAGAGACAGAGACUGAAAAUUGCGUUUGCGGAGGGGUAUUUGGUAGGGAACAGCGGCAGCGGAAAAGCAGGCAAAGCUUCGAAAUACUUUAGGGUGGUGCAGCAAGUGUUGACCAUAGCAAUAUUUUUGGCUAUUGUGGUCAGUUUGAUGGCUAGUGCGAGUGGAAGCGUUUUUAGAAUUCAACUAGGUAAUCAGGUAGAAGUAGAUCCAGAGGAAAUUAAUGUCACAUUCGAGGAUGUAAAGGGUGUGGAUGAAGCUAAGCAAGAAUUGAAAGACGUGGUAGAAUUUUUGAAAAACCCAGAUAAAUUUUCGAAUUUAGGAGGAAAAUUACCUAAAGGGGUUUUGUUAGUUGGUCCUCCAGGCACAGGAAAAACCUUGUUAGCCAGAGCAGUAGCAGGUGAAGCUGGAGUACCAUUUUUCCAUGCUGCAGGGCCAGAAUUUGAUGAAGUUCUUGUGGGUCAGGGUGCUCGAAGGGUUAGAGAUCUUUUCAAGGCAGCGAAAGAACGUGCUCCGUGCGUAAUUUUUAUCGACGAAAUCGAUUCAGUUGGAUCUAAAAGGACAAACAGUGUAUUGCAUCCAUAUGCCAAUCAAACCAUCAAUCAGCUGUUAAGUGAAAUGGAUGGGUUCCACCAGAAUGAAGGAGUUAUUGUUUUAGGAGCUACUAAUAGAAGAGAUGAUUUGGACCAAGCACUUUUGAGACCUGGAAGAUUCGAUGUUGAAGUAACAGUUCCCACGCCGGACUAUACAGGGCGAAAGGAAAUUUUGGGUCUGUAUUUAAGUAAAAUUUUAGCAAAAGCUGUUGAUCUAGAUCUUUUGGCUAGGGGGACGACUGGCUUUACAGGAGCCGAUUUGGAGAAUAUGGUCAAUCAAGCUGCAUUGAGGGCUGCCAUAGAUGGCGCUGACAGCGUAUCAAUGAAACACUUGGAGUCAGCCAGAGAUAAAGUCCUGAUGGGGCCUGAAAGAAAAAGCAGAAUUCCAGACGAAGAGGCCAACUUAAUAACAGCAUAUCAUGAGGGCGGACAUGCCAUCGUAGCUUAUUACACAAAAGAUAGCCAUCCAUUGCAUAAGGUGACUAUAAUACCGAGAGGUCCAAGUCUUGGACAUACAGCAUACAUUCCCGAAAAAGAACGCUAUCACGUGACCAAACAGCAGUUAAUGGCAAUGAUGGACACUAUGAUGGGCGGUAGGGCUGCUGAAGAGUUGAUAUUUGGUCCAGAAAAGAUAACGUCAGGAGCUAGUUCAGAUCUGCAACAAGCCACAUCAAUAGCCACUCACAUGGUUAAAGACUGGGGAAUGUCGGAAAAAAUGGGACUGAGAACGAUAUCCGAUAAUCCAAAAAGUUUCCAUGCUGAACAGUUAGGACCUUCUACAAGUGAAGCUGUUGAUAAUGAAAUUAAAAGAAUUUUAAUGGAGAGUUAUGAAAGGGCAAAACACAUCCUGAAGUCUCAUGCGAAGGAACACAAGGCACUUGCAGAGGCCCUUAUGAAAUAUGAAACUUUAGAUGCGGAAGAUAUUAAAGCGAUAAUGGCCGAUAAGAGCUCAGAAAAGUCGUAGUGAUUUAUAUAUUAAAAAUGUUUUUUUUUUUAACUUGGUAGCCAGCUACUUAAAACUCUCAGUUAGCCCGUUUUUGUUAUAAACAUUUAUUAUACCCAAUCUCUCUGCAAGAUUGCUGACAAAUUAAGUUUGGAAAGUUUCAUAUCUUUUGUAGGAUUUUUAAAAUAGGAAAGAGACAUGAAUUUUGUAAAUAAGGAAAGAUGGUCAUUUUUGUAAAUACAUUUUUAUUUUGGCAAUAUACCGGUUUUAAACGUU